GUUUAUGUGUCUUUCAACCUUCAUCAUGUCCCUCCCCCUCCUCACGGCCCAAUACUUCCAGCAACUCGAUCCUCGGCUCCUCUUCCUCCCCGAUGGCCCAACUCUCCUCCACCCCGCCACCCAACAGGCCCUCUACGCCGACCUCUUCGACGAAUCCACCAUCACAAGACCCCUCCCCACCGCAUCCUACCGCACCCGCGUGUUGAAGAUGAUUAUCGCCAAGCUGGAGGAUGCAAUCUCCGACCCGGAGGAGGAUGUAUGAGGACCCUGAAAUCUACGGCCCCCUCCUUGAAUCUCUCGGCACGCUCAUUUCAACCCCCAAACCCUCCGCCGUCCAACAAGCUCAGCAACUCACCCACGUCACCUUCACCUCCCCCUCCACCUCCCACUCUCAAUCCCAAGACAGACAAACAAUCAUCACCUCCGAAUCCCGUAACGCAAUUGUCACCGCGGGCACCACCGGCCAUCGAACCUGGGAAGCCGCCCUACACCUCGCAACCUACCUCUCCACUCCUCAGGGAAGCAGUCACAUCGCGGGCAAGCGAGUCCUCGAGCUCGGCGCCGGGACGGGCCUCGUGUCCAUGUUCUGCGCCAAAUACCUGGACCCGGAGAUCGUGGUCGCCACGGAUCUCGAGCGGGGGCUGAUGGAACAGAUCCAGGAUUGUGCGGUGCGGAACGGGCUGGGGAAGGAGAGGUUUCGGGGAUGUAUUUGGGAGUGGGGACAGGAGAUGGAGUUGGGUGAAGGGGAGACAGAUGGAGAACGAGGAAAGACAGGGUUUGAUGUGGCGUUUGGCGCGGAUUUGAUCUACGACACAGACCUCGUCCCCCUCCUCGUACAAACCGUUAAAAACCUCUUCACGAGCUACGGCAUCCAGGAAUUCCUCAUUUCCGCGACCCUGCGCAACGAAGACACCUUCGGGACGUUUUUGGGAGCUUGUGAAAAAGAACACCUCGUCGUCGACCGCAUCCCCUUCGACUCACCAAAGGAAGAAGAGCAGACGGGCUUCUUCCAUUCCACGGCAAUCCCGAUCCGGACGUAUCGGAUCUCUCUUCCUCUUUCUCCUGCCCCUGGUGGGGAGUGAUCCUGUGGUUCGAUACAAGUAGUCCGAGUAGACUUCUACGCCAUUAUAUCCUAGCCUAGCCUAUCCUCUUGAGGAUUAGAAUACCGCGGUUGGUAUAUAUACAUGCCGUAGACUCAGACGGUAUAGACCUACCUACAGCGUAGACUCUCUUCCUCUCCCCUACAGGAUAGACAUGGGUCUUACGGAAUCUACUCAAGUAAGUCUAGUAUAGCACGUUUAUAACCCUACUUAU